AAGAUGGCUGAUAAGCUAAAGACGAUCCUGUUCCUUUCAUCCUGUAGGAAAGGUGCUAGUUUCACAGGCGAGGGAUCAUGGGGCGACAGGGUAGGAAAAGCAAUGAAGGAGAUUCUGGAGGAAGAAGGUCUUGAAGUGUCACUGUGGGACCCCAAAGAUAGUCCCUACACAAUCCUAGAACAGCCUCUGCAUCUUGUUCCAGAUGCAUCCGGUUUUCCACAAUGGAUGCACGACAAGAAGAAAGAGCUGGAGGAAGCUGACAGUUUUAUAAUUUGUUCUGCUGAGUACAACUCAGCCCUGCCCCCCGCCCUCACUAACAUGCUCGACCACUACCCGCCUGCUGCUUACAAGGACAGACCUGUUGCUCUGUUAACGUACAGUGUGGGUCCUUUUGGAGGAUGCCGGAUUCAGAUAAACCUGAAAGCUCACGUGACAGAACUGGGAAUGGUACCGGUACCAGCGUCGUGUACCGUCAUGUCGGUAGGCUCAAUGUUUGAUGAAGAAGGCAACUUAACAGACGACAGAGUGAAGGCCAACAUGGUCAAGCAAGCUAAGGAGUUGAAGUGGUAUGCUGAGGCUCUGAAAAGCUACAAACAAGUCAGACCUGUACCAGUGCCUCCAAAGAAGCAAUAAGUGGACUUGCUUUAGUAUAAAUUAAGUUCUUAUUUUUCAAUUUUCGUCUUCUAUUCUAAGGUUACGAUUAAUGAACUUUUCACUCGGGAUAGUAUAUUUUUUAUUUAUUAUGAUUUGAUAACAAAAUAUUGAGAACGACGUUUUUUAUUUCUUUUUAUAUCACAGAUUCCAGAGUCAUGCAAAUUACCAACAUUACCAUACCAAAAGAUGGACUGAAACCAAGAAUUGUAUCAAGUAACAUUAUCGUGUAUUUAAUACAUCAUAGUUAUACAACA